AUGUCUGCCAACGAUUACUACCAGCACGGCCCACCUCCUCAGGGCUACGGCGGCGGGCCCCAAUACCCCCAACAGUCCUACGGCCCUCCUCCUCCACAAGGUGGUGGAUACUACCAGCAAGGACCACCUCCGAUGCAAUACCAACAACAAGCUCCUCCCCCCCAAAAGAGUGGCGGCGGCGGCUGUCUGCAGGGCUUUCUCGCAGCGCUGUGCUGUUGCUGCGUCUGCGAAUCAUGUUGUGAUUGCGCCGAGUUGUGCUGCUGA